GGCUGAAGCCCCAAUGUGUGGCUGCCACCACACAUCAAGCUGUUUCUAGGGUGGGCUCGGGACUCGAAUCUGACCCGGCUGGGGUCUCCACUGGUUCUGGAAAAUGAGGCUUUUCCGCAGACGCCACAUGCCCCUGCGCCUGGCCAUGGUGGGCAGCGCCUUUCUGCUCUUCCUCUUCAUCCUGCAGAGAGAUGUGAGCAGCAGGGAGCAGGCCACAGAGAAGCCGUGGCUGAAGUCCCUGGUGAGCCAGAAGGUUCACGUCCUAGACCUCAUGCUGGAGGCCGUGAACAACCUCCGAGAUUCCAUGCCCAGGCUCCAAAUCAGGGCUCCGGAACCCCAGCAGACUGUGUUUUCCACAAACCAAUCCUGCCUCCCUGGGUUCUAUACCCCAGCUGAGCUGAAGCCCUUCUGGGAACGGCCACCACAGGACCCCAAUGCCCCCGGGGCAGAUGGGAAAGCAUUUCAGAAGAGCGAAUGGACCCCACUGGAGACCCAGGAGAAGGAAGAGGGCUAUAAGAAACACUGCUUCAAUGCCUUUGCCAGUGACCGGAUCUCCCUGCAGAGGGCCCUGGGACCAGACACCCGACCCCCUGAGUGUGUGGACCAGAAGUUCCGGCGCUGUCCCCCACUGCCCACGACCAGCGUCAUCAUUGUGUUCCACAACGAGGCCUGGUCCACGCUGUUGCGGACAGUGUACAGCGUCCUGCACACCACCCCUGCCAUCUUACUGAAGGAGAUCAUACUGGUGGAUGAUGCCAGCACUGAGGCUGUGGCGUUUGCUUGUGUUUCUCUGCGGUCAAGCAGGGAGUGGGUGGAGAACCCCUCUUAUCCUUCUGGGUCACCCUUACCCCUGGUGGGGAUUGGGCUCAGCUGUGGGCAGGACCCUGAUGUUGCCUCCGGGUCGGGGCCUACAGGCGAGUGCUUCCACGGCUGGCUGGAGCCCCUUCUGGCCCGGAUUGCUGAGGACAAGACAGCAGUGGUGAGCCCAGACAUCAUCACCAUCGACCUGAACACUUUCGAGUUCUCCAAGCCUGUCCAGAGGGGCCGAGUCCACAGCCGUGGCAACUUUGACUGGAGUCUGACCUUUGGCUGGGAGGCGCUCCCACUGCAUGAGAGGCAGAGGCGAAAGGAUGAGACCUACCCCAUCAAGUAA